AUUCGAUCGUUUUCGCAGAAAGAUCACGAUCGUUACCCUUGAAGCCUGGGCAGGCAGGAUCAUGGUUGAAGAGAUGCCUCACCUGGGCCUGUUACCUAGUGCUUCCUGCUCCGAAGCGCCUCCAAAUGACAGACCACAAGCCUGCCGGAGUGACAGUGGUGGAGGGUCCUUCUCAAGAUGAAUGGACUUCCAUCAAAGGCGUAUUCAUCGAACUCUACGUGCACCAGGGAAAGAAGCUCUCCGAGAUCCAGCAGAUACUCGCUGAUCAAUAUAAUUUCCAUGCAACGGAAAAGGCUUUCAAGAGACGGAUUGCGCUGUGGGGGGCCUUCAAGAAUUACAAAGCCGCCGAGAAGGAGGCGGUCGUGGGCUUGAUGGCGCGAUCUACAUGCACGGACGAAGCCACACCUCCGGUUCAACUGCGUGGGAAACCCGUCAAAUGGGACCGAAUCAAACGAUUCAGCAGACCUCAGGGGCGAAAGCGAACACGGCGAGCAACCGGAGUGCCACCGAUAGGCGAGAAGAUUCACCUGGACCUACACCCGAACGCCUUUCGGUCGACCGUAGACGUUGACGAACGCAUUCUGUUCUUGACCAAGUCGUAUCUAGAUUGGAACGUUUCGUUCUGGAGUCCCUUAGGCUUCGCGAAUCGACAGCAACGACAGGAGCCCCCGUCCUUUGACCCCCAAAGUGGUGAUGGCGUUUCGCGCGUGUUCAACAAGUGUUUCUACAACGCCAUCCCCCUGCUAUUGACGAAUAAUACAGUCGAGGCGUUCAAGGAAAUUAACCUGGCCUGCAGUCUUGCGUCGCAUUGUAUCCAGAAGUCUCCCUACUGGAUAUUCCUGCGACUCCUUCGCCUGUACUCGUAUCCGCUUUGGGGCCGAUUCCCGGAUGUCCGGCGCCAGAUAGUUCACUUCCUUCAAGCCCUAGCCGGCCGCACUCUGACCGAGGGCCAUGUCUUGAAGCCCUUGCUCAAGAUGUGGACGCAGGGGGAGAUCGACACCAACGCCGGCCGAGUGGCGUCCAUUCUCCGCCUUUCUUCCGACAAGUUUGGCCCUGCCAGCGGCCUGGACGUCGAGGAGUGGGCCUGGAUCCAGGACGAGAUCUGCUCUCUCAACUACCAGCGGCGAGAAUUCCACGACGCGCUCCGCAUCGCCCAGAGGCUUGCCCACGACCCCAACGUGCCCCGCGGCGUGCACAUCACGUCCCUGCAGAUGAUUGCGAGGCAGCACCUCCAACACGGCAACAUCGACGCCGCCGAGCCCGUCCUCCUCGAGACCCUCAAGCUGUGCGACGGCUUCGAGCUCGCCGACGACAGGGCCCGGUUCCUGCAGCAGACGUUCUCCGACAUGGGGUACAUGCAUGACGCCCGACAGGACCGCGCCCAGAGCUCCCACUACUACCAGCGGGCCCUCGAGAAGGCGAUCCAGGUGCAAAACACGGCAAACAUCGCGUCGAUCCGUUGUCGCGUGGAGGCCAUGGCCAAGCUCCGUGGCGACCGGCAGGGAGGCCAGGCGGAGGCGCAACAGGGCAAUAGUAGCUGGGCGCUCUGGGCCUUUUGUCGCCCGUAUUCUUGAACGUCAACAGAGAAGGGGAGUUUGGACGGUUUUUAUUUUGAUUGGUGUCAAUGCGAGAGAUGGAAGUGGGAGCCACAGCACUAGGCUAUUUAGUAUUGAGGGAUUCGAGCCAUCUAUGUAUCCAUAAGGCACAGGUCUCUGAUCGCUU